AUGAAGAACUUUCGCCAUGAGGUGAGUAAGAAAGACAAAGAAAAAGCCAUUCGAAAUUUGAUAACACAAGCCCCUCCAGGAGAAUUUAUAGACAGUUUUAACGACCUUUCUUUACUCGUUCAAGAUGAAAAAUUAAUGCGACAAUAUGGCGAAUGGGCUGGUAACAAAUACUGCAAAAAAUAUUUUGUACCACUCAACAUAGAUGGACAUCAAGUACUACUUUCUCACCACAAUGAACUGGGUGACCAGCGCUUCUUUGACUCUCAUACCAGGCUUUCUUUCAAAUUUGAUGUUCUUCAGAAUCAGUUGAAAGACAUUCAGAGUCAUGGUGUUCUACGUAAUGAGGCAGAAUGUCUGAGGAUGGUGGUAUUUUAUGCUUUAAAAAUCUAUGUGAGCAAACACUUCCCAUCAGGAAACUGCAGUGUACUUAGGAAAACCAUAAGAAAUAAAGAGUUCUUAAUAGCCUGCAUAGAAGAUCAUCAUUACAAAGCUACAGAUUACUGGAACGGCCUUUGGAAAUCGAAAUGGAUUUUUUCAAUAACUCCAUUUCUCACCCAAGUAAUAGGGUCAAUUUAUGUGAAAGCACACUUCUUUAAACAAGUCAACUUUCAUCUUGAUAUCAGCAAGGAUGUGCAGGACUACUUGGAUGUGGUUAACCAAGCUCAACUGGCUUUAGGUUUUGCCAAGUUAGUAGAAGAGCAAGAAAACAAAUUUCAAACUGCAGUCAUAGAAGAAUUCCAGGACCUACAGGUUUCACUGAAAAGAAUUAUAAGAAGAGAUCUUCCAGUGACCCGUACUUAUAUCAACUGGCAGAGAAUAGUAAAUGACAUAAAGUUGGUGAUGUAUCCUAGGCUUGGAUAUGUCAAUUACUCAAAAAAUGUGUUAUGCCACUGGAUCACAUAA